AUGGCGCCCCAUGCAGAGAUAAAACCUCAAGACAUCACCGAAAGGGCGCGUAGAGAUCUGCUCCAACUGCUCGAAGGCGUACCUGGCAAGAAGAACCUUGUAAUUGAAAAGUCUCUUGCUGGUCCAAUUGGCUUGCUCGUCAAGUUCAGCACUUUACAGGAGUAUGGAGUCGACAAGGUCUUCUACGUAGAGAACCGCAAUGUCGACGAAUCUCAACGCAACAUCGUCUUUCUCGCUAGAGGCGAGAAGCCAAAAGAUGUUCAACUCAUAGCUGAACAGAUUGGUCAAACUCGUCAAGAAAGCAAAACCGAUCAUGAAUUCUCCGUCUUUUGGGUGCCCAGGCGAACCCUCGUCAGUGAUAGAAUUCUCGAAGAGAAUGGUGUACUUGGAGAGGUGACCAUCGGCGAGUGUCCACUUUUCCUGAUCCCACUGGAGUCUGAUCUGCUAUCGCUCGAGCUUGAAGAUGCAUUCAGUGACUUGUAUCUGCGCAAGGAUCCUACAUCGAUCUUCCUCACUGCAAAAGCAUUGAUGCGCCUACAAAAAUCUACUGGCCUCUUCCCACGUAUCUUGGGAAAAGGUGAUAAUGCAAAGAAACUCGCAGAUCUGCUGAUUCGUAUGCGUUCCGAAGAGGAAGUCAGCGCUUCCUCUGCCACUACCAAAUCGCCGUCAACCUUUGGGCUGACACCGAGCGCGGUCGUGGAAAAUGUUGUUAUUAUCGACCGUGAAGUUGACUUCUUCACACCACUCAUGACCCAACUAACAUACGAGGGCUUGAUCGAUGAGGUCUUCGGUGUCCGCCACAAUCAGACCGAAGUGGACACGUCCAUUGUCGGCGCAGCACCUCAAGCACAAAAACCACAAGGAGCAGCGGCAGCAGCAGGCAACUCUACACAAGCGGCUACGAAACGUAGGAUUCAACUUGACAGCUCAGACAAACUGUACCCUCAACUACGUGACUGCAACUUUGCCGUCGUGGGACCUUUGCUCAACAGAACCGCUCGUCGCCUCCAAGCAGACUACGAAUCACGACACAAAGCCGAUCAAUCAAUUUCCGACCUCAAGACGUUCGUCGCAAAACUGCCAUCCUACCAAGCCGAGCAAGCUUCCCUGAAAAUCCACACCUCCAUGGCCGAAGAAAUCAUGAAGACCACCCGCAGCGAGAUUUUCGGUCGUGUCCUCGAAGUUCAGCAGAACUUUGCAGCUGGAGCUGACCCCAACAGCAUGAACGACAAUCUCGAAGAACUCAUCGCUAGAGACAUUCCUCUGUCUACUAUCCUACGCCUCUUAUCUCUGGAAUCGUGUGUUGGUGGCGGUAUCCGUCCCCGCGAGCUCGAAAACCUCAAACGACAGAUCAUGUAUGCCUAUGGCCACCAACACCUCCUCACCUUCGCCGCUCUCGAGAAAAUGGGCUUGGUGGUUCAGAGACAGACUAACACUGGCUACCUCAACCCUAUGGGCGGUGUCAAUUCUGGAAACACAGAUUACAACUCUGUGCGCAAAACUUUGAAAUUAUUUGUUGAUGAGGUGGACGAGCAGGAUCCUACGGAUAUCUCGUAUGUGUUUUCUGGCUAUGCACCAUUGAGUGUGAGGUUAGUGCAGUGUGUGCUUCAGAAGCAGAUGUUGGCUAGACUUUCCAACCCGAGGUCUUCGAGCACACCUAAUGUCAAUGGCGCAACUGCCAAUGCCACACCAACCACGCAAGCAUCUGGAUGGAAAGGCUUUGAGGAUGUGCUGGCGAGGAUCAAGGGUGCUACUGUGGAUGAAGUGCAGAAGGGCUCCAAUGCAGAGGCCUCGCAGGCAAGACAAACGCUUAGAGGCGGUGCUGGUGGUGGCUGCAAGACUACGAUUGUGGUGUUCUUGGGUGGAGUCACGUUUGCUGAGGUUGCAGCGCUCAGAUUCAUGGGCGAGCAAUUGGGAGAGAAGAAGAAGAUUGUUAUUAUGACUACGGGUAUGUUGUCUGGUAAUGCUGCUGUUGAGGCCGCUAUGGAGAAGAGGGCUUGGGGUCGCAAGUAG